AAUAUUCAAUUUUGGCUACUUGGAAUACAUAUAACUCAUUUUCAGAUUUUCUUAUGUUCUUUCAACGAAAGCUCACCAAAUGCAGGAAAUUUUCUUAGUGCUGAUGUGAUCAUUUUUGAUUUCGGACUUUUCCACGAACUUAUACAGGUGCAAGAAUGUAUCGCUAACUACCUAGACGGAGGCUAUAUGCGAUGUUUAUGGUGUUUAGGACAAAUGGCUGCUCUAGCAUUAACCAUUGGCCAAAUGGCAUCAACUAGCCACUCCGACUUUGAAUGGAACCAGAAUGCUUGA